AUGCAUAUUCUAUCAAUGGAGCGCAUGCAGAACUUUAAAAGUGAGAACCAACAUAUUGAUGUGCAACUUGUUGGCAUAGCUGAAGCUUCGAAGACAAGAAAAGAACAAGAACGAGAAGAAAAUCGACAGAUUGUCCAGACGAUUUUUGAUGUAGUCCGACAUUUGGCGAAGCAAAAUACCGCGUUCCGUGGACACAACGAGACAAAUGAUUCAGCCAAUCAUGGAAACUUCCUGGAAGAACUUUUGUUUCUAUCUAAGUAUGACAAGCCAUUGAAACGUUGGAUGGAAACUCACCCAAAGAAUUUGUCAUAUUUUUCUCCCAGUAUUCAGAAUGAAAUAAUUGGCAUCCUCAGCAAUAUGAUCAUUGAAAUAAUAAGAUCUGAAGUGAUUUCUGCCAAGUAUUUCUCAAUUGAAUGUGACGAAGUAACAUCCCACAAACGGGCAUUUAUGUCUGUUAUUGUUCGGUAUGUCUACGAUUAUUGUAUUUGGGAAAGGUGUAUCAAGCUACAUCGUGUGACUAAUUUAACAGGACAAAGCCUUGCAGCUGUUAUCAUUGCUAUUCUUGCGAACAUGAACUUUCCUAUCCGCAAUUUAGUUGGUAAAGGCUUUGAUGGGGCAAGUAACAUGUCAGGCAAGGACGAAGGUGUUCAACAACAUCUCACCGCAGCUGGUGCUGAUAAAUCGAUAUAUUUCCAUUGUUUUGCACACAAACUAAACCUUGUCUUAGAGAAGAGUGUUAACAACGUACCUUCUGUGAAUGACGUCUUUGAUAUUAUUGGUUCCGUCUAUCACUAUCUCGAAGGGUCUCCGAAGAGGCAUGCAUUGUAUGAGGAGAAGCUACAACUUCAUGGCAUAUCGAAGGGAAAGAUAGCAUUACACACGCUUUCAGACACAAGAUGGACUGCUCGAUCCGACAAUUUGGAGGUUGUUUUCAACACCUUGCCUGCUAUCAUAUCGAUGCUUAAAGCAAUGUCUAAAGAGGGCGAAUCAGCUGCAGAUGGAUUGCUCGUACGUAUGCGAAAGCUCAAGUUCAUUGCUUCGUGUAUCGUAUUGAAGAAGUGUUUUGCUCUAAGUAGAUCGGUCUCAGAAUAUCUUCAGCACGAAAACAUGGACUUGGUUUCAGCGGUGUCAGGUGUGCAAUCUCUGAAAGAUUCUUUGUCCUCCUUUCGAAACGAGGAAAAGAUGGAUCAGUUUCUGCAGCAGGCACGGAAAUAUUGCACGGACCAAGGAUUGGUUGUGGACGACUUCGAUCUGGUGGAUCAGCAACAUCCAAACAGACCAAAGCGUCCGCGCACAAUUCCUUCCUACUUCAACGAUGGUACAUUCUAUUUAGACCAAGACGCCAGAGCAAUCCAAGAAGAAGUACCUGGUAAUGACCGCCCAAGAGAUCUCUUUAAGCGAGAUUUUUUCUUCCCAUUUUUGGACUGGAUGCACAAUGAGCUGGAGAGGAGGUUCUCUUCUAAAGCAUGUGAAAUAUUGUCGCUGGCCAACGUUUUUCAUCCCACAUAUUUUAAAGAAGAAAAUUGGCACCAAGCCCAAAAGCUGGCCAAAUUCUACGGAAUCGAUCCCGAUGUUGUCGUAAAUCAGUUCAUUCUGUUUUCUAAGUCUCAUGUGGUUAAAGUCUGGAAAGAGAAGUACGAAGAUUUUCUUAAGAUGAAAGAGAAAGCUAACAACGAUCCCUUGACGAAAGCACCCGAGACUUGGCUUUGUCUGCCAACUCUUUUAAAGGUUUUUGGAGAAAAUUCAAUCAGCAACCUGUAUCCUGAUCUGUUUGAGGUGGUAAAAAUUGUCGCUACACUUCCUGCAACAGUUGCUUCCUGUGAACGAGCACAUAGCAAAGUGAAGAUAAUAAAUAAUUACCUUCGAGCGUCGAUGUCCGAUGAACGUCUAGAAAAUUUGGUUCAUAUCAGCAUAGAAAGAGACAUUGCAGAUAAGAUUGAAUUGGAUACUCUUGUUGACACAUUUAGAUUAGCUAGCAACAGAAAGUUGCCCUUGUAAAAACUGUUAGUUUGUAACAAAAAUCGCCGAUGUUUGGCUUUCAGAUUAUCAUAAAACUUGCCUGAAAAUGCGGGAAAUAGCGUUUUAGAGACUCUACAAACAAAAUUUUUUUCGGGGGGGCAUGCCCCCCAACCCCCCUAGGUGUCUCGCGCCUUUGGCACUCGACUCGUCCCCCCCCCAGUAUGAACAACCUGGCGACGCCACCGCCAAAGGGGACGGAUAAAUUAGGAAUCACGCCACAACGGCUGACCUGUAAACUUUCUACUGGUGGUAUUGCAGUAGGCCCAAUGAUACCCGGCCUAAUGAUACCUCGUUUGCGAUUGAGCGAAGAGGGACAUUUUGCCUUGAGCGCAACCCAGGCCGAAACCUCUGAG